AUGUGUUGUAACUACUACGGCAACUCCUGUGGCUACGGCUGUGGCCUGGGCUGUGGCUAUGGCUGUGGCUACGGCCCUGGCUGUGGCUAUGGCUGUGGAUAUGGCUCUGGCUGUGGAUACGGCUGUGGAUACGGCUCUCGCUAUGGCUGUGGCUAUGGCUGUGGAUAUGGCUCUCACUAUGGCUGUGGCCUGGGCUGUGGCUACGGCUGUGGCUACGGCUCUGGCUGUGGCUAUGGAUGCUGUGGCUACCGGCCCUAUGCCUUCAGAAGAUGUUAUUCUUCUUGCUGCUAG